AUGUCUACAUCAUCUGUACGUUUUGCAUUCAGGCGGUUCUGGCAAAGUGAAACAGGCCCCAAGACAGUCCAUUUCUGGGCCCCUACUUUGAAAUGGGGGCUGGUUUUCGCAGGAUUUAGCGAUAUGAAAAGACCAGUGGAAAAAAUUUCUGGUGCUCAAAACUUGUCGCUAUUAUCUACUGCGUUGAUUUGGACUCGUUGGUCCUUUGUCAUCAAGCCAAGGAACAUCUUGUUGGCUUCCGUCAACUCGUUUCUUUGUCUGACCGCUGGUUAUCAAUUGGGUAGAAUUGCCAACUACAGGAUACGGAAUGGUGACUCUGUAUCGCAAUUGUGCAGCUAUAUUCUCAGCGGCGCCGACGAAAGCAAAAAGGAAAUUACCACGGGCAGAUAA